AUGAAUUUAAAUAUUUCUAACCUUUCAAAAUUUGUUUGGAAAUCCCAAAAUGUCGCUGGGUAUGGGUAUCAACAAGUUCGUAACAAAUGGGCCAACUGGCUCAUGAUUCGGGAUGUAAAAAGACGUCGAAUGAGCGCUGAGAAUUUCCUCGAACGAACCCGUAUUAAUGCAAUUAGAAAAAAUGAUAUUUUACCUGUGGAAAUUAGAGAAUUAGCAGACAAAGACAUUAAUAAAUUUGAACUAAAUGCUGUUCCAAUGAGAAUAAAUAACAGAUGUGUUAUAACAUCAAGACCCCGAGGUAUUGUCAAAGAGUGGCGCAUGAGCCGAAUAGUGUGGCGCCAUCUAGCAGAUUACAACAAACUGUCAGGUGUACAGAGGGCGAUGUGGGGAUAA